GACCGGUACGAUGAGCUAGUCAGGGAUAUCCUAAAAACGGCGUACCAAACGCACCAGGAUGAUAACGACAAAAACGCACCUGCCGUUCCCGCCGUGGGCAUAGACCUUGGUACUACCAACUCCUGCGUGGGCUACUAUAAGCCAGGUCGUCAAAACGCUGGACAGGUAGUCAUAUUCAAGAACCGGCACAACUCGGAGGUGACCCCCAGUUGCGUGGAGUUCCGCGACAAUAGUGAACACCCGGUGGUGGGCCAGGAGGCUAAGGAUAACCGACUGGCGAACCCCCGUAAUAUCAUAUUCAGCGCCAAACGACUCAUCGGUCGCAAGUAUGACGAGCCGGAAGUGGACAGGGAUUUCGUGGCGCCCGACACUAAGCUCUACCCCUUCCAAGUGGUAGACGUGGGUGACAAUGACGCGGGUGUGGAGGUCGAGGUGGACGGUAUGGUCGCCCAGUUUUUGCCGGAGGAGGUGUCGGCCCACGUGCUCAGGAAGAUGAAGGAGGUGGCGGAGGAGAAGCUAGGCUUUCCCAUACAGAAUGUGGUGAUAACUGUGCCUGCUUACUUCAUGGACGCCCAGAAGGAGGCGACUAAGAGUGCGGGGGUUAUGGCCGGCCUUAAUGUGCUAAAGAUUAUCAAUGAGCCCACGGCCGCCGCACUGGCCUAUCAGUUGGACAGGUUUGAGGGGAUUGAGGCCCGGAAAGUGCUGAUAUACGAUUUUGGUGGAGGGACAUUCGACGUGGCUGUACUCAAGCUGGAAAAGGGUAAGGUGGAGGUGUGCGCGUUCGGUGGGGACAACCAUUUGGGCGGUGAUAACCUGGACAACAAUGUCAUUAACUACUGCCUCCAGGAGUUCUUUGCGCAGACGGGUAUCCUAAUAGACAGGACCAGCGCUGAAGGGGAACGGGCUCUCAGGCUAUUGAGGUAUUCGUGCGAACGGGAGAAGUGGUUACUGUCGGAGGCCAUGUCGGCCAACAUUUCCGUCGACAAUAUUGUCAAUGGACAGCACCUGGAGGUCAGACUCACGCGCGAGAAGUUUGAAGAGCUUAAUGAACGCGAGUUUCAACGGACUAUCGAUCGCGUGGAUGAUGUGCUGAACGGCGCCGGUAUGUCAGUCGAUGACAUCGAUGAUAUUGUUUUGGUGGGCGGAUCUACCCAUAUACCAAAGGUUAGGGAAUUGAUCAAGGACCAUUUUAAGGGCAAACAACCCUCGUCCAGAGUGAACCCAUUACAGGCGGUGGCUGAAGGUGCCGCUAUCCAGGCGCAAAAGCACCGGAACCUCCGCGUACUGGACGUCACCCCACACGCCAUAGGCGUCAAGACUACCGGUGACGUGAUGUCGUCCAUAAUCCCGGCCCGGUCUCCCGUCUGCACAGUGUUUACCAAACAAUACAAGACUAUUGUCGACAAUCAGCCCGAGAUAGAGGUGGAGGUGUAUGAGGGCGAGAAACCCGUGGCCUCCCAUAACAACCUGUUGGGCAAGUUUAUGGUGACAAACAUACCGCCCGCGGAGGCCGGGAGGGAAAUCAUAUCAGUCAUGCUAUGUGUCAAUGAUGACGGCAUAUUGAAGGUUAGGGCUGAGGUGCUGUCGAAGGGAACGGUACAUGAGAUUGAGGUGACGGAGCAUAAGGGACGGCUUAGUAUGGAGGAGCUGCUGAGGCGCCGGCAU